AUGUUUCCUAAUAGAAGAGAAGUGCAUACAGCCCCGUGCCAUGACGAGAAGAAGCUGAAGAGAGUGUCAUACGAGGACAUUCUUAAAGCUACCAACUGGUUUUCUUUGGUCCAUACUAUCAGCUCAACUUGUACUGGUUCAGUUUAUGUUUGUAGGUUCAAGUCCGACAAGAGCCUAGUUGCCAUCAAAGUAUUCAACUUGAAUGAACCUGGUGGAUACAAUAGUUACCUUAUUGAGUGUGAAGUGCUGCGAAGCACCCGCCAUAGAAAUAUAAUGCGGCCUGUGACACUGUGCUCAACAUUGGAUUCACAAAACCAUGAGUUCAAAGCACUGAUCUUUGAGUUCAUGGUUAAUGGCAGCCUGGAGAGAUGGUUGCAUUCGGAGCAACACAAUGGAAUCCCAGACAAAGUGCUAAGCUUUGGGCAGAGGAUAUGCAUAGCAGUAGAUGUGGCUUCUGCUCUUGAUUAUGUUCACAAUGAACUGACGCCUCCUUUGAUCCAUUGUGAUUUGAAGCCAAACAAUGUCCUUUUGUAUGAUGACAUGACUGCACGGCUCAGUGACUUUGGCUCAGCGAAGUUUCUAUCACUAGGUCUGCUAAGUCCUAAAAGCCUAGAUGAAGUUGGAGGGACAAUUGGAUAUGUGGCACCUGGAGAGGAACACUAA